UAAUACAUACAGCCUCGUCAAUAGCAAGGGGCGGAGUGUACAGCGAAUCUGACUUUUUCCGAUCUCUUUUAAUGUUUCAAGUCUGGUUUGUUGGUCUAUUACAAUAGCCCAACACGUAAGAAACGGCGUGUGGUUCUAUUGUUACCCACCGUGUUUUAAUCACACCGUUCAGUGGGUUUCACAGCGAGUUGUUAGAAAGAAGACCCAGAUUUGAGGCGGGUUGAUUCUCGGGUUGGUGGUAUCAUGUCAGCUCCUGGUAUGAAGUCUUUCACUGAUAUUCAAUUAACUUCAUAUCCGAAAUCAAUCUGAUUUUCAGCGCAGAUUUAUUCUGAAGUGAUACUCUACGAGACUGGUACAUCUAUUCAAAGAACUCUUUUCUUAAUAAACAUACUCUAUAGGAAAUAUUAUUUGAAAAUAUCUAGUCAGAGAAAUAAAGAUAACUUUGUUAGAAAUUGAGAAGGAAAACUUUAUCUACGAAGAAUCUUUAAGAUCGGAGUGCAUAAUCUGAGUGCUAAGGAGACCACAUCAAGACGUCAGGAAUGGCCAUAUUACCGAUGCCCAGACUACCGCUCCCGUUAUGGCCUCAUCCUCCUCCCGUGUUAGCCGCGGGAACCUCGCCAAACUCAUCCGACACUCUUAUGACUUUCCGAUCUCCCCUCCCAUUCCAUACUCAAAUGUUCCCCAUGGGUCAGGUCAGUCUAAGCGCCCCUUUCCCCCGUGGCAUGCCCGGUGUCUUCUCAGCUUCAUCGCAAGCAGGUAGAGGCAUGCCCAACACCUUCCAUCCAGAAUUCCUUAAAGCACAUGCCCCUUUCCCGGGCCGUCGAGCUUACACCAGACCACACAGCGAAAUCCCAUCCCCGUCGCCACCGUCGAGAAUCUCCGUGUCGCCCGUACACCCCCUGCAUCAUCUGACAUCACCUCUUGGUCGGAAGGUACCCGGAGUGUCAAGCAGGGUCGAUGGGAGCGAUACGCUGGAACAGCGGGAGACGUUUAAUUUCUCAGCAUCGGAUCUUGAAUGCGCCUUGUACGGAUACCUUCGGGGGAGUACAGGACAGGAGAGGUAUCCAGGCUGUGCUAUGUCGGGUCUCCCUUCACACCGGACGGAUGACAAGCUCUCGGCAUCGCCAUCGACAUCGAAGAAGGUACCGAAAAUGGAAUCAAGUCCAGGAGAAGAUAAGAAUUCUGGAAUUCUUUCUCAGAAGCUAGGUGAUGUCAAUGCAGCAGAUUUACCAGAAGGCCUGGCUAUUUUGAGAUCGAGUUUAGGCAGGAUGUCGCCUCAUUACAGUGUAUUCUGCCAGCAAACAGUGAUCUUGAAAGGAACCCGAUUUGGACCUUUUACAGGGAGAGUAAUACAUCCCAGUGAGAUCAAGUCACAUGACGAUACCAGCCUCAUGUGGGAGAUUUUCAAGGAUGGUAAACUGAGUCACUUCAUAGACGGUCGACAGGGUGCUUUCUCUUGGAUGAGCUUGAUCAAGUGCGCCCGCUACGCCCAAGAGCAAAAUCUGAUAGCGGUUCAAGUCGAUGACAAAAUAUCAUACGAAGCUUGCAAAGAUAUUCCACGGGGGACUGAACUUCUCGUUUGGUAUGGGGACUCAUAUCUUCAAUUCAUGGGCAUACCCAUCGCUUUGAAAGACGCCAACCGCGGUCAAACAGGUUUAGGCAACGAAGAGAAUAUUGACGAAUCUGCUGGUUACCACUGCGACCGAUGUGGAAAGGUGUUUGCAUACAAGGACUACCGUGAUAAACAUCUCAAGUACACCCGGUGUGUGGAUCAGGGGGACAGAAAGUUCCCUUGUCACCUCUGCAAACGAUCCUUUGAGAAGCGAGACAGGCUUCGAAUCCACAUCCUGCAUGUACACCAGAAGCACCGACCACACAAGUGCACUGUGUGCGGAAAGAGCUUCUCUCAGUCAUCAAGUCUAAACAAGCAUCUCCGAGUGCACUCUGGUGAACGCCCCUACAAAUGCGUGUACUGCGGCAAAGCUUUCACAGCCUCCAGUAUCCUUCGAACUCACCUCCGACAACACUCGGGCGAGAAGCCGUUCAAGUGUCGCCAUUGCGGCAAGGCAUUCGCAUCACACGCUGCUCAUGAUAGUCAUGUCCGUCGAACCCACGCCAAGGAGAAGCCAAGUGUGUGUCAAUUCUGCGGGAAAACCUUCCCACAGUCCUACGAACUGAAGUUCCAUCUCAAAAUCCAUGAAGGCGAGGCGAAGCCCUAUUUGUGUGAAGGGUGCAACCAGAAUUUUGCUACCUUAGCAGCAAGAGACAACCAUCUAUCAAGUCUCGAGUGUUCCCGAUUCACUCCGCAGCACGUAGCCUACCUCGGCAUCGACUCGUUUCCUCCAGCACCCUCCACUCCGGGGGCAGCAUCCGUCGCCUCGACAUCCAGCAACGGAAGCGGAAGCAGCUUCGGGACGUCGUCGCGCGGGUCAAACCUAGAGGUCAAUGCGGGAGAUUUUCACAGUCACGUGGGUGUUACGUCAUCAUUUGCUGACGAGAAUGAUAACAUCCCGGGGAGUGGUAUGCUGUUACCAAACACACCUAUGCCAUUCAACAGAAACAUGAAUGUGAAAUGAUCUAGUAACAAAUUAAAGUCUUUGACAAAACAUCGAGGAACUGCUUUCCAGCUGAUAAACAGACGUACAUAAUAACAAUUCAGAUGAAUAUCUGAUAAUAAUAAGAAUAAUGG